CUUUGAUCUCAACUUCUCUUUGAAUUUGAAACUUUAUCUCUCCGUCUCUUUUGGUGUGUGUUUUAAAAGCUUCGAGUUUCAACUUUGGAUCCAAGGCACCAGUGCGGAUUCCAACCAGGCUGCAGCCUCCAAACAUCUCCUGGCUUUUUAAAAGAGGAAAAAAUAUAUAUACAUUAAUAUAUAGCAUUGCUACAUAUACAGAUUACUUUUCUUCUUGAAAGCAAACAGCAACAAAGCCUUGCAAGAAAAGGAGCUGCCUUUUGCUUUUCCAGAAGGAUUGAGAAGGAGGUGAAUUUGUUUUGUUUUGUUUGAGGGGUCGCCCACACAUUUUGCAAGGCCUCAGAUCCGUGGAUGCAGGAAACCAGGAGCAAUGGAUACCUUCAGCACCAAGAAUCUGGCUCUCCAAGCUCAGAAGAAGCUGCUGAGCAAAAUGGCCUCCAAGAACAUGGCCAGCAUCUUCAUUGACGACACCAGCAGUGAGAUCUUGGAUGAGCUCUACCGGGUCACCAAAGAGUUCACCCGCAAUCGCAAGGAAGCCCAAAAGAUCAUCAAGAACCUCAUCAAAAUCCUCAUGAAGCUGGGCGUCCUCUACCGCAAUGGACAGUUCAACGCGGAGGAGCUGGUGCUCAUGGAACGCUUCCGAAAGAAGGUCCACACUUUGGCCAUGACAGCCGUCAGCUUCUACCAGAUAGACUUCACCUUUGACCGCCGGGUCAUGUCUGGGAUGCUCAAUGAGUGCCGGGACCUGUUGCAUCAAGCAAUCAACACCCAUCUGACCGCCAAGUCUCAUGCCCGCAUCAACCAUGUCUUCAACCACUUUUCAGACUAUGAGUUUCUGUCGGCUCUCUAUGGGUCUUCUGAGCCAUAUCGCACACAUCUGCCAAGGAUCUGUGACAGGCUCAACCAAAUGCUGGACGAAGGCAACAUCUGAGGCUCCGGCUUUGGUAAAUGUCUGACAUUAACCGAGGGAACCCCAAAGGGGGCCCCUUUGACUUGGGGAGCAUCUGCUUCGAACACCCCUGGCUGGUGCUAAGCAACUUAGGGGAGGGUCUUUUGUUUGGGUAAUGUUUAAGAACUGGAAUCGAGAUCUUUCGUUGAACCUUUACAAUUCUGUUGAUAUGCUGCAAAACUGAAAUCAAACCCUCUAAGAAGCAAAGUGGGAAGAUGUACAUCCAAGCAAGAGUGCGUCAAACUGCAUCGUAUCUGAUGUGUGCAUUGGGGACUUCUGCCAUGCAGCAACACUUCCAAAACAGUGUCCUGAUGCACCUUGGGGAUUCCCUCCAAUGCGCACUGGUCGCCAUUAUGUAUUGGCAAGCCAUAUUCAUACACCAUAAGAUCACAGCAGUCCUUAGGAGAAUGUAGACACUGCAAAGCUACUCAGUUCAAUGUUGCAACCACAUAAGUCCGCCUACAAAGACCCAAGUCCCAAGUGGGACUUCAGCCUGGGUUUUCUAAAAAUAUUUCCUGGUUUGAAUGGUCAUUGUUUGGGUUUUUUCCGAUCGCAUCGCCUUUCUAUCCACCCACUCUCUCUUCACUCUCUAUUGCUACUGGGGGAAUGCAGCUGACUCAGUCAUCUACCAAAAAGGCAUGUUGAGAGCAUCUGUGAAGACCUGAACCCAGGUUCACUGAAGAGAAGACAUGCUCCAUUGGACCAGUGGGGCUGAUGUUUUCUCUUGCCUAGCAUCUGGAUUCCAAUGGUGAUCAGCUCAUGUGCAAGGAGUCUUGUUGCUUGUCCUGUUUGGCUUUCAGAGCCACGAACAUGCCUCUGAGCAUGGAAAUGUUUUGUGUUUUCCUUCAACUAAGAGUUGAUGACUAAUUUUCUCUCCAUGAAUUCAGCUGCUUCUCAGACCAAAAACCCAUCUAGGUCCAAAUUCUGAUAGUAGCACCCUGGUUGGCCUUUGCAAAGGUGACAAGCAAGGGAGGGUGUGUGGCCUUGUAACAUGUAAAGAUAGACUCCAUCUGAACAUGGCCGCUCUGUUUGUCCAUUAAGACUAAUCACUAACUGUGCCUUCCCCACAAAGGCAUCUAAACCAGGGUUGGGAAUAUUCCAUAAGAUAUUUAGAUUUAGCAGCAAGACAACACCAGUGCCUCUCCAAACUACAAAUCCCAGGAUCCCAUAGGUUAAAGUGAAGUUUCAUUAGAGCCUUGGGUGACAUUCACUGCUCCAGUGACAUGAAAUCCUAUGCUUGGUGGUAUUACAUGUAGACAUUAGCACUGGGUGAAGAUUUCAGCAUCUUUCACAUUGUUGGCUGAAACAGCCCCAUGCUGCUAGUCCUCAAGCCUACAAGAAAGAGCUUCGAGGUGUUAAUAUCAAUUCAGGAAACAGUAUGAAGGGACCUGAGCUCCCUGGCAGAGCUCCUACUUUCAAAAGAUAAUGCAGAAGGAUACAAAGCAGCAGUAUAGUCCAACAGCUAUAGCACUUCAUGGGGAACUCCUGUCAUCUGAAAUGCCCCAGCAUGCUAUUUUCUUGAAUACCAAAAAUUGUGAGGUUUUCUUUUCCAUGACUGAACUUGCAGAUGUGAA